AUGGCCGCCACCAUCAAGAUCGUCAAGAAGCGCACAAAGCCCUUCAAGCGCCACCAGUCUGACCGCUACCAUGGUGUCAAGGAGGCAUGGAGGAAGCCCAAGGGUAUUGACAACCGUGUCCGCCGCCGCUUCAAGGGCCAGCUGCCCAUGCCCUCUAUCGGCUACGGUAGCAACAAGAAGACCCGCCACUGCCUCCCCAACGGUCUCAAGAAGUUCCUCGUUUCCAACGUCAGGGAACUCGAGCUCCUCUUGAUGCACAACAAGAGCUACGCUGCUGAGAUCGCACACAACGUCAGCAGCCGUAACCGGGCGGUCAUCCUUGAGCGCGCCAAGGUUCUUGGCGUCAAGGUUACCAACGCAUCUGCACGCCUUCGUUCGGAGGAGUAA